AUGCUCAACGUCGUCGAGGCCAUCCGCAACAAUCACGUCGAAAACUAUACUGCGCCGGUUUCGCAGCUAGAGCAAGUCGAACGGGACACUCUAACUUGUCCCGGAGCACCCAAGCUUCCAUCUCUCGAGACGUUCGAAGGUCCAUUUCUCGUCGAUGAUGAGCUACUCGCGUACUAUAACCGCUCGGACGUCGCCUCCCCCCCUCUGUCUGAACCCGAAUCACUUUUCGACGAUGACCGGGACAAUCUUGUAUGUCCUGGGGCUCCAAGGAUACCAUUUUGCGAGGAAUUCGAAGGACUUGGUAUCAUGUGCGAUGAAACACUUGAUUGCCACACCUACUGUUCGCUCCCCACUUUUCCCUCUCUCGCCCACCUCGAGCCAGACUUUGACGAUAAAGACCGGGACAAUCUCGUCUGUCCAGGAGCCCCCAAACUCGAGUACUUUGAAUACAUGGAAGGUCUCAACAUCUUUAGCAACGAACCGCUCGUUCGUCAUAAUCCCUUUGACUCGCCGGUCCAACCCACCUGCGUUCUCGAUGACGACAAUGACGAGGAUGAACCCCGAGCCCUAUUCGGUCUCUUUCCAGAGCACGAACCAGAGCCAUCCUUGACUUUUCGGCUUUGCUCUGUCCCCAUGAGCCGGAGGUUCGACGUCACCUCGCGCUCGACCCUCCUCUCGACUCCGCCGCCGCCACAAUUUAUCGAGCAACACGGCGGUGAAUUUGAGGAAAAGGAGGUGGAAAUUUCCUCCGCGCUCGUUAUUGCCGGCGAGCAAACACUUUGA